AUGGCCAUGGAGAAGCAUAGAAUACGAAACCCUACUAGCAAACGCAUUACAAGAGUAUAUACCUGGGCAUACGAAAUCCAGUGGUAUUGCGAGUACUUUCAUCUCUUCCAUUUUCUUUGGCUGAUAGUUGCCCUGAUUCCCAUUGCCGUCUUCGCCUGGCAUGUUCCCUUAACAUUAAAUACCGGGGUGAUGUCCCUAUUGUCGCUCUGGUUGGCAGGCGUGAGCAUAACCGCUGGGUAUCACCGGCUCUGGUCCCAUAAGUCUUACCAGGCCUGCACGCCGUUACAAUAUUUCUAUGCGAUCUGGGGAGCCAGUUCAUGCCAAUGGUCAAUCCUAUGGUGGGUGCGGCAUCAUCGCUCCCACCAUCAGUACCUAGAUACCGACAAGGAUCCAUAUAACGCCCCGAGAGGACUCCUCUAUUCCCACAUAGGUUGGCUUAUUGGGUUAAACCCUGAAGCAUGGGGCGAAGUCAACAUGUCGGAUAUAGAGAGCAACCCAGUAGUUAGAUGGCAAAAGAAGUACUACGUGCUUAUAGCCGCUCUAGGCGCAUUCUUUUUGCCAGUUACCAUCGCUCAUUUCGGGUGGAAUGAUGGGUUAGGAGGGUUUGUAUACUGUACUCUUGUCCGAACUGCCGUCAUAACUCAGAGUACAUUCUUGGUUAAUUCCAUAUCUCAUGCUCCGUGGGCUGGUACACAACCAUAUUCCGAUGCUUCAACGGCCACGAACGUCCCCAUUGUUGGAUUUAUUGCUGCAGGAGAGGGUAACCACAAUUUCCACCAUGCCUUUCCUCGAGACUAUCGAGCUGGGGUGCACUGGCACGAACUUGAUGUCACCCAAUGGUUCAUCUGGGUUUGUGCAAAACUUGGGCUUGCAUGGGGCCUACAUACUACAAACCCAAUUGAGAUUAAGAAAGCGAUCCUCCGCCAGAAAGAUCGAGCCCAAGGGGUGGUUCAGGAGCUGCCAGUGAUGGGCUGGGGCAACUAUCUCAAAGAAGUGAGCCGCGGCCGGCGCCUGAUCUGUAUAGAUGGUAUUAUUCAUGAUAUCACAAAUUUCAUAAAGAACCACCCAGGUGGUGAGAAGAUCCUUCAGGAUGUUAUUGGGACAGAUGCUACGAACGCAUUUUAUGACGGUCAUCCUCAUUCUUCGCAUGCCGAAGCUACCUUGGCGGAGAUGGGCAUUGCUAUCGUCAGACGUUAA